AUGGACAUCCGCCUCCUCACCACGGCCGACCUGCCCUUGAUCCAGCACGCCAACCUGGAGAACCUGCCGGAAAACUACUUCCUCAAGUACUACCUCUACCACGCCCUCUCCUGGCCGCAGCUCAGCUUCGUCGCCGUCGACGUCAGCCGCCCGCGCAAGGGGCCCUACGACUACCCAAAAAUCGUCGGCUACGUGCUGGCCAAGAUGGAAGAGGAGCCGACGGACGGCGUGCAGCACGGGCACAUUACGAGCUUGAGCGUCAUGAGGACGCACAGGAGGCUGGGUAUUGCGGAGAAGCUUAUGAGGCAGAGCCAGCUUGCCAUGGUGGAGACUUUUCAGGCGAAAUACGUCUCCCUACACGUCCGCGUGUCCAACGUCGCCGCGAGACACUUGUACGAAGACACGCUGCGCUUCCGCAACGAGAAGACGGAGAGCAAGUACUACGCCGACGGGGAGGAUGCCUUUAGCAUGCGCCUGGACCUAGACGACGUGGCGGAGCUGGCGAAGCGGUAUGCCGACGAGGAAGAGGACAAGGAUAAGGACGCAGAGGGCAAGAAGACUACCAAUGGGGGAGAUGCGACGAUAAAGAGCGAGGGCGUGGAUGAGGGUGAGGCGGUGGGUGAGGUGGGUAGGGAUCCGGAGGCGGAUAGUGGCAAGGAGAGGAAGAUUAAGGUUGCUGUGGGAAGGGGGUUGGGGGUUGGUGAUUUGGUGGAGAAGGAUGAGAGUAAGCAUUAG